AUGGAUGAUGGAGAGUUUACUGUGGAAAACCUAUUGGAAUGGAACCAUGUGGUAAAACAAAGGAUGGUAGUAGAACAGGACUAUGCAGGAAAAUUGGCUCGACUGACGAAAUCUCUGAAAGGAAGCCACAGUAGUUCUUCGUUGAAAGACUUCUACAAAAGAGUUAGUACUGAGAUUAUGAAUUCCAAUAAAGAGCAUCUAGAAGCAUACCGCUAUUUUCAGCUUCAGGUCUUUGAGCCAUUACAGGAGCAUGUAAAUCGUGCGGUGAAACGGUCUUCAACAUCUAUAUUAUCCAUGGAAGCUACUGACGUACUCUUGGCCAGCAUGGAGAAUUUUAUACUCUACACUAAUCCGGAAUUUAGCCAACAGCCCGAACAGUCAUCAUUAUCUUCUUCUUCUGAAUCUCCUACACAUCUUUCUGAACCUAUACCCGAGCUGAGAAGAUCUCUUUCUCCCUCUUACCUAGAGUAUGCUGAGCUAGAAAAUCGGACAUCGCGACUAAGCGAGGCAUUGACGAUGUUACGCCUCAAUCCUCUUAUUUCAAAUGAUUUAAAAGCAUUUAACUCUAAAAAGGAGCCUUCUGAUAUAAGUAAGGGUAAGCAGGCACCUUUACCGGUAUAUAAUGCUCAGCCAGAGUCCUUGAAAGAUACAAUUGAUAGAGACCCACGAGAAUUUCGCGUGAACGAACCGAAGAAGCAUGCAUUACCUUCUUCCUAUUCUCCCCAAAAAGGAGGAAUGAAUCCUUCGCAAGUGGUUACUUCCAAUGGCUGGGAAUCACCUCUGACAUCUUCCCAUGUCUCUCCUCUAAAUAAUAUGCAUCCUGAAAGUCUGCAAAAGAAAUCUUCAGCUAAAUAUCAAACUUCUUCUGCAGCCCAUCCCUCAAACACAGCUCUAUCGGAGAACGACAGCAUAGAGAAAUACUUUUCGACGCAUCCAUUGAUAACGCCUGAUGGAUUUCCGAUUUUUGGUUACGUGCGUGCAUUGUAUAAUUAUAGGGCUCUACUUUCCUCAGAAAUCAGUAUGCGAUCGGGCGAUAUAUUAAUUGUUCUGAAUCGACAAAAGGACGGCUGGUGGAAGGGUCGUGUUGUUGAACCCACAGUUGGACCUGUUGGAUUGUUUCCUUCUAAUUACAUUCAGGAAUUAGAUUCUACCUAA